AUGACGUCUUCAAAUUCACCGAAUACCCUCUCUCCACGAAAAAUUUUACCUCUUCCCCGUAGAUCACGAAACAGACAAACGUCAAAAAGCAGGCAAAGUUCGGGCCCUAGAUCUUCUCUUAGUGGUGAGGCGGACGAACAUGCUGCAACACCAGAGUUUUCAAAAAACGAGUCCACAGCUGCAGACCAUCAGAUUGAAAAGAGCGACAGCCCAAAAUCGCAAGUUGAUCCCGUAUCUGUCACUACUCUAUUUGUAUCAAGAGUUCGUGCAGAUAACGCCGUAACUCCCCAAACUUUGGAGAGAAAACAAAGCCAAGAUAAACCAACUCAAAACGCAGAGUUAAAGCCGCUUGUGACACCAGACCAUGAAUUGCCUCAGCCUCUACACACACUCGAAACAGAAGAAAAAAUCACAAUCAGCGAUCCCUCAGAGAAUCUCCCUGAAGUCGUAGAAGAUUCUCACAAUACAUUUUCCUCUGAUGGCAUUGAAGUGCGGGAUAGUACCAGCCCCCAUAUUAGCCACUCCCGAAGAUCGUCCGAAGGUUCAUUUGCUGAAAGCGAAUCAUCAAACGAAGACGCAAAAUACGCGGUUGAAGACGAAGAGGCACCAAUCGAACACUAUUUCACCAAAGAAUUUCAGUCCAUUCUUGGAAGAAGCUAUGAUAUUGCGAUUCAAGUGGCCGACGAACUGGAAAAACUAGAGAAAGUUUUUGGAGAAGAUGUAAAUUUUCGAAGACUGUUGAAUGAUUCAAAAGGACUGAGCAAGGGCGAUAUAUCGAGUACUAGAAACAUUGCUAUAUUAGGUGCAUCGGGAGAGGGAAAGAGUAGUCUAAUAAACUCGCUUCUACAUGUGACAGAGCUGGCUAGAACUAGCGAUGGAGGUUCUGCUUGCACUUCCGUGGUCACAGAGUACAGGCAAAGGAAAGUUAGUACCCUCGAGCCGUUCUCAAUCGAGGUAGAGUAUCUUUCCAAGCCAGAGCGUCAAGAGAUGGUAGAAGAAUUGUUGUGGAGUUAUCGACAGCUACUUUUACCAGAUUCAGAUAAUGAAGGCAAUGCGCUUGACUCUGAUGAACAGGAACGGAUUGAAAGAGAAUCUGCAGUGGCAUGGUCGGCUCUUGAGGUAUUGUUUAGCCAACAAGAAGAGUUCAAUGUCAAUUUCGUGAGCGAUAAUUCGAAAGGUGCAUUUGAAAGGAUCAAGGGCCAAUUGUUAGAAUGGAUGCAGAAAAUAGCGUUUCCUGCAGAUGAUGAGUCUGGUUUAUGGACAGCUAGGGCGCAUACGUCUGAUGAAUGUCAAGAACUAACCAGUGUCUUCAUGGAGGAUAAGCUUUGGCCAUUCACCAAGAUUAUCCGCGUCUAUCUUGAUGCUGAAGUGCUGAAAACAGGCGUUGUCCUCGCCGAUCUGCCAGGUUUACAAGAUACAAAUUUAGCGCGUGUUCGAGCAACACAGAAGUACUUGCAAAAUUGUGAUCAUGUCUUCAUCGCAACCAAAAUUUCCAGAGCAAUUACAGAUACAACCCUAAAGUCAGCAUUAUAUAGUGAGCUAAAACGCCAUGUCCCGCUUGCAUGGGAGGAAUCGGGAGGUACCAACAUCAAUUUCAAAUUAGCUGUCAUAUGCACAAGAUCAGAGGAUAUCAAUUCAAAAACAGCAAAGAGGACUUUCGUGGGUAAUGGAAAAGAGAUAUCUUUGAUUGACAUGAACUCGAUUGACAAAGAUAUCGAGAACGCGAAGCGCAGGGGUGAUAAAAGCCUGAAAGAACGCCUGGAGCGAAAAAAGUUGUGGCUCUUUAUCGAAGCUCGGAACCGGCAUGUUACCAAGGGACUUCAAGCCGCGUAUCGACAAAAGACUAUCAACGGGCAUCUAGAUGUUUUUUGUAUCUCAAACACAACAUAUGAAGACUAUGUAGAGAGAGGGGACAAUGAAAUGAUUCAAAAGAGCGGUAUUCCGGAACUUCGUCGCUUUUGUCGGAAGAUAACUGCUAGUGCCCAACUUCUGCAGGCACUGCAUUUCAUGCGAUCAAAGCUACCAAGUCUAUUGAAUUCUAUUACGCUAUGGUUGGAUUCCGUUCAAGCUGUCUCUCAAGGACAGAAUGAUGAUACAGGGACGUUGGUAUUGGACUGUUAUGAGCGUUCCAGAAAAGAAGCGACUGCGUCAAUCACGAAAUAUCAUAGGGAAUUCCGAAAUGCCUUACAAAAUGACGUAAUUCGUUUCUUCAAUAGGGAAAGUGUACAGUGGGAAGCUACUGCAAAAGAGAGAGCGGAGGAAUGGGCAGAAUGGCAUCACCAAUCAUACAAUGCGUGGUGUAGAAACAGUGGAGAGCAUGUCACUGUUGCACGGGGUUAUAGAAAUUGGAACGCGGAAAUUCUCGAAAGAACGAGAGUGGAGCUUGAAACAAGAUGGGACUUUCUAGAAGAGAAGAUCUCAAUAGAUGUGGAGAGCCUCCUACAAGAGGUCAAAUAUCAACUUCAAAAUUUGGAGACUCAUAUCGAGGGGCAAGGCAGAUCAGCCCCAAUGCAGUAUGGGAUUGACUUUCGUAUACAAGACUUAGAAUACAAUUUCGGUCUCAUUCAACAGGAAUUUGAGAGAAGAUUGAGAACAAUUCGACAACACGUUGAGGAACCAAAUGCUUCGUCCUUUGUUGUUGCGGAAAUGAUUUCAGCUUAUCGUAAAGCCAGCGGUGAAGGAGGCAAAGGUAUGAAGGCACGACAAAUAUCGAUUAUUGCGAAACAAGUCAAUGGCGGCACAAUCUUCCCCAACAUUUCUGCCAAAACGCGUCAAGAAGCAGUCACCUUGAUCGACUAUGAAUUCAAUAAAUUCAAACUGGAAUUGCAUGAAACUUUCGAUCUUAUACAUAAAGACAUUGACAUGGCAAUUGCUGAGAGACCACAAUCCGAAAAAUCUGCUGCUACGACUGAGAGCAUAGAGUUGGUAGAAAGAUUUGCAAAAAAGUUCAAAGGCUUGAGGUUGAAGUAUGAUGAGAUUAUUCGUGUUCAAGAGGGACAAGUAGGAGUUUGA